AAUCUGCAAGCCGGAGGGACGGACAGGCGGAGCGAGGAGGACGGCGACGACGCGGGCUUGCUGAGCCAGCGCUGGAGAGACCGACAAGUUUUGCCCGCGCGGGAUAGAGAGAGCGGACGGGGCACCGCCUGAACCCCGCAGGCAGGCACUGUCCCCUGGAAUUGCUUCCCUCAUAACAACUACUUGUGGAAUACUUUGGUUCCUACUUUGAGUCACUAUCAGUUCAGAAGUAAACAAUGCACUUGCAUCUUACUUGAGGGACAUCUUUAAGAAGAAGAGGCCUUGUGUGGAAGAAGUCAUCUAACUGGGCGGGCUACAUUCCCACCCUCUAAGAUUCAGCAUCACUAAGGAGACGACCCUCAGCUGCUUACCUGAAAAUUAACUGUCAGGAAAGAAAAAGGGAAGGUGCCCACUUCAAAGCGCAGAGAUGAAUUCCAUGGAGAUCCCCAUCCAGACGGAGAUGGUAGAACUGGUUCCAAAUGGGAAGCACUCAGUGCUGAAUGCCUCCUCCAUCCCCUUGGUGGGAAAUGACAGAUUUGAUGAGAAUGCAGUGAACAUGCCAGAGAAGGAGGAGUUCCUUCCACAUAGCGCUGAAAAGAAACAAACCCAUUUCACCGACUUUGAAGGGAAGACCUCAUUUGGGAUGUCUGUUUUCAACCUGAGCAAUGCCAUCAUGGGCAGUGGGAUCCUUGGUCUAGCAUAUGCUAUGGCCAACACCGGUAUCCUUCUCUUCCUAUUCCUCUUGACAGCUGUAGCUUUGCUGUCUAGCUACUCCAUCCACUUGCUGCUCAAAUCCUCAGGGAUUGUGGGAAUCCGAGCCUAUGAACAACUGGGCUACAGGGCCUUUGGAACUCCAGGGAAAUUGGCAGCUGCUGUUGCUAUAACACUACAGAACAUUGGAGCCAUGUCAAGCUACCUGUACAUUGUGAAGUCCGAAGUGCCUCUUGUCAUCCAGACCUUCCUCAACCUAGAAGAGAAGACAACGGACUGGUACAUGAAUGGCAACUAUCUGGUAAUCAUGGUCUCUGUCACCAUCAUCCUCCCUCUGGCCCUCAUGAAACAACUGGGUUAUCUUGGCUAUGCCAGUGGGUUUUCCCUUAGCUGCAUGGUCUUCUUCCUUAUUUCGGUCAUCUACAAAAGCUUUCGGAUUCCGUGUCCACUUCCUGACCAGGUCAACACCACAAGCCAACUGAAUUACACACCAGUCAGCACCAGCAGCUAUCAGAAUGACCCUGCAGUUGCUGAAGAAGAGAUCUGUUCUUCAAGCUUGUUCACACUGAAUUCUCAGACAGCCUACACCAUCCCCAUCAUGGCAUUUGCUUUUGUGUGCCACCCUGAGGUUCUUCCUAUCUACACUGAGCUGAAAGACCCGUCCAAGAAGAAGAUGCAGUGUAUCUCCAACAUCUCCAUCACUGUCAUGUAUGUCAUGUACUUCCUGGCUGCUCUCUUUGGCUACCUCACUUUCUAUGGCCAGGUGGAAUCAGAGCUGCUACACACCUACAGCAGAGUGGACCCUUUUGAUGUGCUGGUCCUGUGUGUGCGAGUAGCUGUCCUGACUGCCGUGACACUGACAGUCCCCAUUGUUCUUUUCCCGGUGCGCCGUGCCAUCCAGCAAAUGUUGUUUCAGGACAAGGACUUCAGCUGGAUUCGGCAUACUGUAAUUGCUGCUGUGCUGCUGACAUCUAUUAACUUGCUUGUUAUUUUUGCCCCCUCCAUCCUGGGCAUCUUUGGCCUGAUUGGUGCUACAUCGGCCCCCUGCCUGAUAUUUAUCUUCCCAGCAGUAUUCUACAUCCGGAUCAUGCCCAAGGACAAGGAGCCCAAUAAAUCAACUCCCAAAAUCCUGGCAGCCCUCUUUGCGUGUCUUGGUGUGCUCUUCAUGAUCAUGAGCCUCAGCUUCAUCAUCAUCGACUGGGCAACAGGGGGCGGGAAGAGCGGAGGCAGCCACUAAGCAGGGCCUGGAGCCUUGUGACGCGGAGCAACGCCUGGGGAGACUGAGCUGGCUUUGACACAUUUCCUGCCCCCUACCUCUGCUAGUACUGUACCGUCGUCUAGUCCCCAGCUCCACACUGAGCCAAGGGGUGCUGUUCCGUUACUCAGUCCACACACCCACCCGGAGCCAGGGGGCACUGCAGGUCAGACCACACCAGAAGCUGCCAAUUCUUCUCACUCUCUUAGUGCUUGGUUUUCUCUCCCAGUCUGGGAUGGCCCAGGCCAACGGCACCUACUGGAGAUCGCAAGCAGGGGAAGCGGCCAGUUCAAAGGGGUGAGGGGGCUGCCAUGACAUAUCUGUUCGGCCCUAUGGGUCCAGUGUGUCUGGCCCACAUUGAGGGGCCUGAAAAACUCGGGUGGGGGGUGAGCAGGAGGAAGUGGGAGGCUGUAGCUAAAGAGCAAAUGUGUAGCGCUCUCACCUGAGGUUGACCACUGAUUGGGAGAUGUGGGGCACAUGGGCUGCCCUUCUGCAUACCUCAGCUUUCAUAGAAAAUCAUUCUAUUGGGACUAAAAUUGGAAGUGAAUGCUUUUGCACAGGAAGAGAGGAAUGAAACAAAGCAUAUUCCUUGUUUUAAAAAGUCUUAAUGGCAACCCCUUUCCCCUCUCCUGAAACCGUAGGUGUUUUCUUCUCAGCCCUGAUUUCUCAGUGGGUUUCCCCCCUCAGACUUGCUCUGCUCCCUGUCCUGGGUGUGAGCUUUGUGAGCCUCAUGGUCAACCUUCCUCUCUCAGGACAAUGUGAUGCUCCGUGGUCAUUUCCCAGCUGAGCCUUGCUGUUUCCAGCCUCCAGGCAGCUCUCUGUCCCUUUCCCAAACUUCAUUGCUGUUGUCAUGCUAGCCGCAACUCUUGGAUGAGGUGGCUGGUGGGGAAAUGGUUUGGAGACGCAAGUCCUUCUGAUGGAAGGUGGCUUGUGUGAGCUUCCCGGGUCCAAUGCACCAUAUUGACUGGUGAAGCGGAGAAAGGAGGCAAAGUGGCGAGGUUGGCAUGGAGGGCUGCAGGCUUGUUGUAGGGAAUGUAGCUUUUCCUGGCUUCGUGGGGAGGACUCAGCUUGAGCUGGGGAGGUGAAGUGGGAAUGUGCCCGUGGCAUCGAGUCCCUCUUUCCGCUGGGAAGCAGCAGGGAGUAAUCCAAAGGUUUUCUGGCCGUGAAGCUCUUUGGCUCUAUGUCUCUCAUCUGUAACUAGCUCCUUCCGUCCUGGAGACCUCCCCUUCCCUCCAAGGCACCACAGUGUCCUCUCUUCCCACCCACUGGCAGUUGCUGUUCAUAUUGGGAAGUGUAGCCCUGCCACAGAGCCUGUCUGCAAACCUAACUGGUGGCUAGGACUUGAUUGCUGCUAAUUCCAGUCGCUUAGGAGAAUUUGCAUUCAUUUAUUUUGUACAUACUGAUGUUGCUUUUUCCUCCAAUGUGUAGCUGGGAUGAGAUUCCAAUGGAAUUGUAUUUAUAUAGCGGCUAGCUUUCCUGGAUUUGGCAAGGAGAUGCCUACCUUUGAGUCCCUGCUUUUCCUUAACUUUAUAUAUGUGGGAUUGGUCACAGAUUCAGUGUGCCUCUGAAUUAGGAGGGGAGGCCUUGUGUGGUAGCGGCUUGGGGGCAACGGAUGGAUCUUCUCCAUCUUUAUUCUCUAAUUCUGUCUAGACACACACACACACACACACACACACACUGUAUAUUCAUCAUGGCUUCUUCCUAAAUCAGGGACUGCCAACAGGGUUUGCACUUAUUUGUAGUGCUCUGAAACUUUUCAUGCCUCAUCAUCUGGAAGUCAGCCUGGGCCUGGCAAACAUGAGGAAGGGGAAAGGAUAAAAGAAGCCUUUGGGAACAUGGUACUUUAAAUUCCUCAGUGGCCGAAAACCUAGGCUUAUGGGAAGGGAAGGCAGAGAACCCAGUUUGUUCCAGUUGGGGACAUAUUAGUGACUGUCAUUAUCCCUUUGCUCCCAACCCAUGUAAAGGGGGAAGGUUGAUGUCAUAGCAGAGAUAAUCUUGGUGUGGCACAAGCUGCAGUAAUGUUUUAGCACAAAAGGAGCAUGUACACCACACUGGCUCAGACUCUGUUGAAAGCCAGAAGUGAGAAAGAGUCAAGCUGGCAAUAGGAACAUAGGAAGCUGCCAUAGACUGAGUCAGACCAUUGGUCCAUCUAGAUCAGUCUUGUCUACACAAACUGGCAGCGGCUUCUCCAAGGUUGCAGGCAGGAAUCUUUCUUAGCCCUAUCUUGGAGAAGCCAGGGAGGGAACUUGGAGUCUAGCUGUUCUUCCCAGAGCAACUUCAUCCCCUGAGGGAAAUAUCUUGCAGUGCUCACACAUCAAGUCUCCCAUUCAUAUGCAACCAGGGCAGGCCCUGCUUAGCUAAGGGGACAAGUCAUGCUUGCUACCACAAGACCAGCUCUCCUCCUAACAUUUCACCUAACAUUCAUUAGGUAAGAGGGGGUUCUCUCAUUUUACAGUAAGCAAAGGAGUUGCUCUUUCAUACAGGGCUGUUCAGCAAGUGAAAUGAACAUGCUGCUUUCAUUGGUCCAUGAGGCUGGAAUGCCUCAUUGCACCUUUUUAGAAACUUCAGAUAUGCACUUUGCCCUGUCACCUACAAAAACAUAUUUUUGCACUUGUAUGUAGCAAUGCUGGAAACUCUACAAUAGCCAUACCAAUUCUAGAACUUAGCAGUAUUUCAGAACUCAGUGUAUACCAGCAAAAUCGCAUUUGUUCUUGUUCUGUAUCAGAGAAGGAAAUCUGGCACCCUAAGGGCUAUCCCCAUCCCUUCCAGGUCCAAUGAGGAUCAGAAUCUUCAGAAGAGCUGACAGCCUGUAUAGGCUGCAUUUCUGGGAAUAAAAUCUAUGAUGCUGGGGCCCAUAUGUUGAAUCACUCUUUUCCUCACUUCCACAUUCACAGAUCUGCAGCUUUGCUCUACCAAUCGACACAGGUUUCUUUGUUACCCAUCAUGGCAGGAUCCUGUGCAGAUUUUUGUGCAUGGAAAGGCUAAGAGUAGACCUUUCAUUUUCCAUGCGGAGUGAGAUUUUGUAGGGCAGAAUCUCUGUGUGCAUCAUAGCCAUUUUGUGCAUGCAAAAUCCCUGCUGUGAAUGGAAUGGGGGGGUGGGGGGACUGCAGGAUUGGGACCAUUAUGCAUCAAAAUGGUGUCGAAAUAGAGCUUUUGGCCAGUUUAUGUGUCAUGGUGACCUGGUCUGUAAGCUACUACUACAAUUUGAUAUUUUGCAUCAGUUCUUCUGUUAGGCACUAGGUGAAGCUACAUUGCCCCCUAUUGUUGCUUGGCUGUUGCUCUGCCUUUAUUCCAAUAUUUUUAUUUUCAUUUGCCCUUUGACAGCCUUUCUUGAUUGUCAUUCAAAAUACAGUUGCAUGGAGCCAUUACCCCAUGCUUCUAGAAGUGGCCUCUGUAAGUAGGUGAAAGGGGGUUAGAACAAUAUACUAUCUGCACAUAGGGCUGGUUCAGGCGACGUAUGGAACUGCAGGCCCAGUGGACCCAUGGUUCCGCGCCCCCUUCCCCCUGCUGGGGGGGGGGGGGGAGUUCAGACCUACUGCCAUCAACGAGACUGCAGAGAGGCGGGGAAGCUGGCUGAGCGGGCUUCCUUCUUUCCUGAAAGACAGCCCGCACAGCCAAUAGGAGCUGAAGCGAGGAGGAAAUUCCUCCCUCAACUCCGGUUUGAGGAAAGGCAAAGGAAAGGCAAACUCCAAUCCCUGGUUCAGACAUAAUGGAGGUACUGCCGAAAUGCAGUUAUCAGCAACAUAACUCACUACAAACCGAAGGUAAUUGGAGUUAGGGGUGGGGAACCACGAGUCCAUUUUUUCUUUUAACUCCAGUUCCCAGGUCCAGAAAUUCAGCUAGCAAAACUGGAGGUGAACAGACCUCCAGUUUCAUGUUUUGUCUAAAUCCGGCCAUAGCCUUUUAAAGGGGUGAGGAUAGCUUUGGUGCUGUUUGCCACUUUGUGCUCCCAUACACAAAUUAAGGGGAGUUUCAGAAUUCCAUACGUUCUUUAAACACAAACAAACAAAUAUUGACAUGGUAUGAUGGAGCAAAUUUCUUUUUAAAAAAACAUCUCAUAGGUAUGCAUUCUUGGGUGGAAACUAUACAACAGGGAAGCACAUUAAAAACAUAGUUUGAGGAACGUAGGCUAAGGAGGCCGCACCUCUGCAAGCAAGCAGCUACUAAUGCUGAUGUCAGAAAUGACUCACACUCAGACAUGCAGUGACUCUGGCCCUAAAUCCUUUGCAGACUCCUCCUGUUGCCAUAAGCAUUCUGCUUCGGUACCAUGUGAUUGGUACUAAUUCUGACAAAAGCAGAUGAAUAUGGUCUGUGAUCCUAAACUGGUUUGCUUGGGAUGUAUGCACAAAUGGGAUUUACUUCCAAGUAAAAAUGCUUAAGAUUAUUCACUUUAUUCAUUCCCACUGGAUGGCCUGAGCUAGGGUGGCCCAACUUGUAGUGAGCACAUUUCUCCCAGCCUUCCCCAUUACGUUGGCCAUCAUUUUCUCCCUUCAUGCCUUCAAUAAUGCCUUCAACCUAGCAUUAUUUCAGUGCAUUAUGGAGAAAAAUAUGGUGCCUUCCCAAAUGGGAGCCACCAAUGGGAGCUGCCCUUUUCCCCACAAUGCCCUAGAAUGACCCUACAUUGGAGGCUUUGUAGGGUGGAAAUGGUGAGUUCUGUUGCUGAUAAAAGAAAGAAAGAAAUAUUUGCCACCAAGUAAGCCCACUUUGCAACCUUAAGGUGACCCACACAUGUAGGAGAGGGCCCCCUCAGGCCUGGAGCCAGCUCUGUCUUGUCACCAGCACUUAGAACUACCCCUUCUUGCCAAAAGCCAUAUGGAAAGAUCCUCUUUUUCCUUCAUCCAUGGCCUUCACCAUCUAAAUUUCAAAGCUGUGGUGGUGCGUGUGAUUAGGAAGCAAACCAAGAUGAAUAUUUUUACAGCACUGUGGUUACAAAAAUCAUUUUAAAGUCCAUACGUAAUUAUUUCUAGAGUUUAAUAAAUAUACUGUAAUGGACACAAAUAAGAGACAUGUAUUUUUGUACUGGGGUGGCGGCUGGUCAAUUUACUUUUUAUAAAUACUGUAUAUAAGAGUAGAUUUUUUUAAUGUAUUGGUUGUUGCACUCAGUAACCCUGUAUAGUGUAUAUAUUUAAUAUUCACAGUAAAGAGGGACUAGAUACCAGAAGACUUGCUUCUUCUGAGCUAUGCAGAAAACUUAACUACCAGCUGUGAAAUACUGGAUAAUUUGGCUGUUUAUACAGCUGGGUGUCCAGUUGGAAGAGAAAUGGAGAGGGCAGAAUGCAUUUGCAGAUAAUAUUUGGCUCACACUACUAAGAAUGACCUUCUUACCCAACCUAACCUAUUGGGGGGCAGUUAGAAUCUUCCCGUUGAUUUCAGCAGGUGCUGCAGACCAAGGGCCUGGUCCACCACGCCACUGCAUUGCACAAAUGCCCCCCCCUUCAGUGCUAGCACAGGCAGCCAAACCCAAAGCAUGUCCAUGGUUCAGAAACUGCAUGGCUCACUGGCUGUGCAACCACCAGUGGAACGACUUGUGGCUAGCGAGAGUGAUUGCCACCAGGAGGAGGCCCAUGUGACUGCAGUGCUAAGCUGGGAGCUGCUGUGUCUGCUCCCGCCAGUCACAGUAGCAUUGUCAGGUGUCACACAGCCUGUGGGUUAUAGGCAGCUUUCAGACUCUGUGUGUACUGCUUGCGGUUUGCUAAGCAGAGGCCAAGGAUAAGGAAGCUGGCAGUGUAGCACAGCAAGUCUGUGAGUCAUGGCCCAGGCUCCCAGUAUGGGACGUGGAAGGAGGAGUGAAACUACACAGCAGCCACUUAUGUCAAGAGAUCAUUUUUGCGGCAUGUCUGGCCCCACCAGAAGUGUUACCUUAACUGGUUAUUUUUGCCACUUGAUCAUUUGUUUGUUUAUCACUUUAAUUCAGCGUUAGGCCAUUUUAAUUAUCCCUUCGGCUUGGAGUGAGGAACAAUCUUUUAUAUAUUUUAAUAUUUAUUUAUUGUCUGUUACUUAAAUUAUAUGGAGGGAAAUGACAAACCAUGCAAUAUGCUCAAAAGAUCAAAUCCAAAAUCAACCAUGUUAAAACACAGAAGUUAAAAUGUAAAUAAAAAUAUGGAUAAUAUAAAAAUACAGAAAAAAACUGAAAUUCCCUGUACCAAUCCUCUGCUACUAGAAACUGCUCCCCCCCCUUUUAAGUCUCAUAUCACUUUCAGAAGAUCUGUGUACAUGUAAGAUUGACUAUGUUUUUUAAAAGUAACAAUUCAUGUUUGUUCCUCCCCCCCCCCUUUUUUUGAGAGAUUAAGUAGCAGCCCUUCAUGUUAAGUGGAGAUGUGUCCAGAUGUCUCCUGGAACAGCAAAAGUGGCUAGCAAAUCAAAAGCUCAAAAGGAAGUACCUGACUGAAAUGACCCUUCCUACCAUGAGGCUUCACAGCUACCUUUACUGUUUGAUUCAUCAGUAGCUCAUUCUAGUGAUGUUUGGCACCAAAUCCGUUUGGACGAGAUCUGAACCGUUUUGGUGCCGUGGGAAGGGGAGCAGCAAGUGGGAUCUUCAAAAAGAGGAGAGCGGGUCCUUACCUGCUCUCCAUCACCGCAUGCAGCUUCUUGCUGCAAGAGCACUGCCCCCAAGAACCCGUGCACGGUGCUGGCAUGCACAUGGCGUUUGCACGCACAUUUGCAUGGUCAGCAUGGUGUUGCUGACUAUACAUGUGGGCUAGCACUGCACGUGGGUUCUUGGGUGCAGCACCAACACAGCAGGAAGCUGCAGGCAGUGGCGGAAAGCAGGUAAGGACCUGCUCUCCUCUUUUUAAAAUAUCCUGCUCACCACUCCCCUCAAAGCUCACCACUCCCCUGAGCAAAGCGGCUCAGAUCUUGUCCACAAUGGUUCUGCGCAGAACCAGUGCACGAAACUUGGUUGGUGCACAUCCCUAAUUCAUUCUCCCAUGCUAGUCCUGAUAGUCGGUCUGAACUAGUUAGAAUGAUAGUAGCAGUAGUUAGAAUAGGGACUGGCCUCUCCAGCGUCUGGACUGUGGAUGAUUGCUUCUCUGGAUUCAGACUGCCAAUCACCCACCAAUCCAUUCAUGGGGAACUGUCCUGCACUACUGGCUUCCUUCCUCCUCAUACAAAUUGGCCCUUAACUGUCUCUGCAAAGACUGGCAUGUGACUGGAGGGGCCGCAGUGAACCCACAGGGCAUGCAUGGGCAGCUUCUUAUUUCAGACCAGAUCAGAUAAUCAUUUCAGCUGUGGUCCAGAGAACUAUUUUACACAUGCCUAAGCGCUUGCAUACAACCAGAUACUAUUUGGGCUGUUUGGAGUGCCUGUGCUGAUAGGUAAGAUAAGUGGGGUCUAUUAUGUUGAGAGAAAGAGGAGAUCAUAAGGGGUGGUAGUAGUAUAUCCAACCAGCACAGUGACGAAAGUAUGGCACAGGAUUUUCUUUGAGCAGGCCUCUCCUCCUUCCUUUCUUUUCCCCCAAAAACACAACUCCCUGGAAGUUCCUAGUGGAUGGCAAAUGUCUGCCUUCUUUGAUUUCAGACAACAGGCACAGUGUGCUGCCUAGCUCCAGGCAGGUCAGAUGUCAUUCACCACAUCUGAUAGAAAGCUUUGUAAAGAAACUCAACUGGGUAUAUCAUAGGGAAUGUAUUUCCGGACAAUGUAUCUCUGUUGGUUCCCCCCUUCUUUAUUUGAGACCCUCCCAGCUUCCCCAAGGGAUGCAGAUGAGUGGUGUGCAUCAAUCCUGCCCUCUCCAAACCUCUGUCAUGGUGUCCCAAGUCAGUCUAUGAAAAGCGGGGAGGGUUUGUCUGGAAGAGUCCUAUUUCUGUAACGUGUACUAAGGGUCAGUUUUAAAUUAUAUGCUGAAAUUAGAUCUAUAUUUCAAAAUGAAAUCGAUCUUUUAAAAAUAACAAUAAAGAAAAUGUGAAACCUCAA